CCGACCUCGCCCCACGGGUAGGAGGGGCGGAGGCGCGAGUGGCGGAGCCGCGGGCUCCUCCCGCACCUGGAGAGGGGCCUGGUGGAAGGAACCUCCUCACGCAGUUGCCGUGAGCGUUUAAGUGCGACAGCCGGCGCCCGGCUCUACGCCGGUGGCCCCGUUUCCCCUCUUGGCCACCCGCUCUGCCACCUGCCUGCUGCGCGGCUUUGCCGACGUCCGCCCGCCCCGCGCCUCAGUUUCCCCUCGGAGCAGGCCAGGCACUUGCCAUGGGGUACUGUCGCCUCUGCCACGGGAAGUUUUCCUCAAGGAGUCUCCGCAGCAUCUCUGACAGGGCCCCCGGGGAGAGCUCAGAGAGACUGUCGCCAGGGGAGCGAGUCUUCAUCAGGGACUUCCAGAACCUGCUGGGGGUGGCUGUGCAUCAGCACCCAGCUUUGUCUCAGUUUGUCUGCAAGAACUGCCACGUCCAGUUCUACCAGUGCCACAGCCUCCUCAAGUCCUUUCUGCAGAGAGUCAACGUCUCCCCGAUGGGCCAUCGGAAGCCUUGUGCAAAGGUCAGUGCACAGCCCCCAGCGGGAGUGGAGGAGGGAGCCUGUCUGGUGGAUCUGAUCACUUCAAGCUCCCAGUGCCUGCACAGCUUGGUGGGCUGGGUGCACGGACAUGCAGGCAGCUGUGGCGCCCUGCCCAGCCUUCAGAGGACAUUGUCCUCCGAGUACUGUGGCGUCAUCCAGGCUGUGUGGGGCUGCGACCAGGGCCAUGAUUAUACCAUGGACACCGACUCCAGCUGCAGGGCCCUCUUGCUAGACAGCGCGUUGGCAGUCAAGUGGGCGUGGGACAAGGACGUGGUACCACAGCUCACCCAGAACCGGGACUCCACCUCCACUGGCGCUGCCCCUCAGAUCUCACAGAGCAGAGGGACCACAGUUGGGGAUGAGACCAAAAUGCUGCCCAGCAUGGAUUCAGCUCGGUCUCCUUCAGAUGGCAGCCUUCUGGGGCCUGGGCCAGGGCCGCCAGCUCAGCCAAGCCCACCCCCCAGUGGGGCCCCAGGGCAAUUGGCUGAGAAGCAGGUUCCGUCUUCAGCCUCGGAUGAUCGGGUAAAAGACGAGUUCAGUGACCUUUCUGAGGGAGACUUUCUGAGCGAAGAUGACAAUGACAAGAAACAAAGUACCCAAUCCUCGGAUGAGUCCUUUGAGCCUUACCCAGAAAAGAAGGUCUCUGGUAAGAAAAGUGAAAGCAAAGAAGCCAGGAAGUCUGAAGAACCAAAAAUUCGAAAGAAACCUGGGCCCAAGCCCGGAUGGAAGAAAAAACUCCGCUGUGAGAGGGAGGAGCUGCCCACUAUCUACAAGUGUCCUCACCAGGGCUGCACGGCUGUGUACCGAGGAGCCGAUGGCAUGAAGAAGCACAUUAAGGAGCACCAUGAAGAGGUCCGAGAGAGGCCCUGCCCCCACCCCGGCUGCAACAAGGUGUUCAUGAUUGACCGCUACCUGCAGCGACAUGUGAAGCUCAUCCACACAGAGGUGCGGAACUACAUCUGUGAUGAGUGUGGACAGACCUUCAAGCAGCGGAAGCACCUUCUUGUCCACCAAAUGCGCCACUCAGGAGCCAAGCCUCUGCAGUGUGAAGUCUGUGGGUUCCAGUGCAGGCAGCGGGCAUCCCUCAAGUACCACAUGACCAAACACAAGGCAGAGACGGAGCUGGACUUUGCCUGUGACCAGUGUGGGCGGCGGUUUGAGAAGGCCCACAACCUCAACGUGCACAUGUCCAUGGUCCAUCCGCUGACACAGACCCAGGACAAGGCCCUGCCCCUGGAGGCGGAGCCACCACCCAGGCCACUGAGCCCCACUGGGACCAUGCAGGGCCAGGCUGUGAAGCCCGAGCCCACCUGAGGACUGCAGGUGGAACAGCCUGAACUCAACAGGCAUCAUGUGGGGUUUAAAGACAAUUUUAAUGGUUCCUCACAUUACUCCCAAUGGCACAGCCUUGCUGUACCCCCACUCCAUAUAAACGGCAGCCACCUGCCGGAGGAUCUGGAGGGUCACUCUCCCUCGGUAUGGUGGAGGUUGGCUCGGUGUGCAGCCCACACAGCCUUUGUCUUCGCUCUGGGACCAGCAGUUUAUUUCCCUUCAAACACCAAGUAACUUGGGGCCAGACACAGAUUAUAAGUAAUCGAUUCCUUUUCCCUGCUAAAGCGAUCAAGGAGAUUUGUAAUCCACUUUUUAGUACAACAAGAUCUCCAUGUUAUGCUCAUAAUAAAUUAUUUACAAAAGAGCGAGGCUGGUGCGCUGUGACGUAUCAGUCAGAAGAGACGGGGUUCCUGGUACAGGUCAGCGUCAGGCACGUCCUGCUGCCUGCUCAGGAGAGCAGCACUCACUUCUGGGUCACUGUCUCCACAAUCAGCCAGGACCUGUGAGGAGACACUUGUACUAAGCCCCACGGCCACUCAGGACAAACCACCUGAGUCCACCGUGCCUGCAGCCUGUGUUAGCUGCAAGGGCACAAGGAGGGGGGCCAGCCCACUGGGUUUGUGGCCACCAAAGCUGCAAUCCUGAAUGUCAGGAUGCUGUGAAUUCUCACUUUACCUAAGAUGUUAAAAACAAGCCCCAUCUUGGUAUUACCUCUGCCAUGUUUGAGAAGCUGUUUUUGGGGCACCGAGGUAUUAACUGCAGCAGAAAAAGGCGAGCUUUUGUUAUCAGUUCUACAGGAUUGCCCUAGAGAGAAGACAGGUAAGGGUCAUGGGUCAGAGGGCAUACUGAAACAGGACUAUUGUGCCCCACAACCUGCAAACUGUGCCAGAAGGUCCCCCCAGCAGGAGCCUCAGGCUGAGGAGAGCUCGCCUGGAGACGGGACCAGUCCCUGCACCUGCCUGGCCCUGGAGCUCUGGACUCCUGCCAGCCACAGCCGAGACUGCACACGUCUCCCCGGCUAUGAAGAGCUGGAUCAGCUUCAGGUACAUGUUGACAGCAACACGCAGGAAGGCCUCUUCCCUGACAGCAGUGUCUUCGUUGAAGUAGGAGAGAAGGCUAGAUAUAGAGAAGGAC